AUGGGGGCGAAGAGCUCCAAGCCGCCGCCGCGUAGGAUCGAACCGGAGGUCACAGCCGUUGAGGUUUUCCAGGACACCACGCCCCAGGCCCCGCGAGAACCCAGCAGCAAUCAUAAGCGGCAGAAGGGAGUCGCUCCAGCGCAGGGCGGUACGGCACAUGUCGUGCGGUCGAUUUUGCAGGAACCGCCGCCUCAAACCACUACUGCAUCGGAGACUCCGAGCAAACCGCCCGACACUCAGACAGGCAGUGACGACAGCCACAAUGCGAAGGACGGAAAGCUCAAGAAGAAGCGGCGACGCAGUAAAAAGGAGAAAAACAAGUUACCACCACCGAAACUCCAGAGCCCCCAAGCCAGGCAGCAACACUUCGAGCAGAUUAAAGAUGCGUACGCGUUGGACGAGGAGGCGAAGAAAGCGCCACCACCGGAUACUCGCUCUCGAUUUUUCAACUUUGAAAGCUGGAGGAAGACGCCGCAAACACCCUCAGGAAAG